AAAAUCUUUCUCUUUUAGCUUUUUACUGACUAUAAAUAUGGGACAUGAAAGGUCGAACAAUGUUGAUAAGAUACAUCCCUUCUAUAGCCAACUACAAAACUCUGAAGCAAUUGGAUUCCAAAGUUUGAGUAAUGAGGCUGUCUGCUGUGCUGGGAUAAGUGGUGUUGGAACUGUUGAUGUGCCCUUAAAUGUGUUGUCAAACUGCCCGUCUUUUCAUAUGGGAGAUAUGUCAUUAGUGGGUAUUGAUUGGAUGGCGGGUGCCUCCCAUCUUGACAGCCAUCAAAAUUUCAUGGUUGACCCUGAGUUUAUGAACGGGAUCAAUUGUAUGCCUUCUCAGUAUUCAACUCUUGAAAAUAUAGAUGCUAAUACUGGAGAUUUACAAAUGGAGAUGCAGGGUGCCAAAAUGGAUGACAGUAAGCCCCAAUCAAUUGGGAACUCCAUGAGCUGUGGCAGUAGGGAACAUUUGUUGUGGGGUGCUCAAGAUGGUAGGGAAAUGGGAUGUAAUUACAAUUUGGUGGACUGUGUGGUUCAAUCUAAUUACCCAGAAACGCUCGAUGGAAGUUUUCUGACCCUAGGAGUUGGAAUUAAUACAGGGGCCAGGUCAAAAUCUAAGGAUUCAAGCAGAGAUUUCAUUAGUAAAAUUGAUGGGGCUAUCAAUACGCAGUUAAAUCCAUCUCAUGGUCAAAGUGGUUAUGGAAAUUCCUUCUCCCCUGAUUUUCAAAUGGCAGCUGGUUUAUCAGAUUUCCAAACCUACGCUGGUGGAUUUUCUACCAUAGAAGAGAAUGCAGUUGGAUUAUCCAGUCUAAAACAUAAUUUUCGUGGACUUCCUAGUAUAGUGCAGAAUGCAGGUGAAUCAUCUAAUGUGAGUUCAUUUGCUGGUUCAAUGCAGAAUGUAGAUGAUUGCACUCUUUCUAAAUAUGAUAUUGGAGUUGCUGGUAAUACUAGCUCCAACUUUAGUUUAAGUCCAUCUCAAAUGCUACCAACUCCCCAAAGCCAUUUUCCACAUCCCUUUCUUACACCAGGUGAUCAGAAAUUUGGUGCUGGAUUUGCAAAUAUAGAUCCCAAUCAAGGAUUUCAUGGUCUUUCUGGUGUAUCUUCUAAUGUAGAGCAUAUUAGACGCCAAUCUGGACUGCCUUCUAAUCAAGGCUUUUGUAGUCUUUCCGGUACAUCACUAAUAGUGCAUAGUAGCAGCCAGUCUGGCCUGCCUGUUCAAGAACAGUGCAGAAUGUCAGCUGGUUUAUCAGAUUUCCAAACCUAUGCUGGUGGAUUUUCUAGCAUAGAAGAGAAUGCAGUUGGAUUAUCCAGUCUAAAACAUAAUUUUCGUGGACUUCCUAGUAUAGUGCAGAAUGCAGGUGAAUCAUCUAAUAUGAGUUCAUUUGCUGGUUCAAUGCAGAAUGUAGAUGCUUGCACUCUUUCUAAAUAUGAUCUUGGAGUUGCUGGUAAUACUAGCUCCAACUUUAGUUUAAGUCCAUUGCAAAUGCUACCAAUUCCACAAAGCCAUUUUCCACAUCCCUUUCUUUCACCAGGUUAUCAGAAAUUUGGUGCUGGAUUUGCAAAUAUAGAUCCCAAUCAAGGCUUUCAUGGUCUUUCUGGUGUAUCUUCUAAUGUAGAGCAUAUUAGACGCCAAUCUGGACUGCCUCCUAAUCAAGGCUUUCAUAGUCUUUCUGGUACAUCACCAAUAGUGCAUGGUAGCCGCCAGUCUGGCCUGCCUGUUCAAGAACAGCACGGAAUGGCUCCCUGGACUUCAUUAUCUUCUUUUAUGACAAGCAAAUAUGCUGCUGUGGCCUCUGAUCAACUACAAAAGUGCAAUAUGGGAAGUAUACCGAGCUUACAGUGGGGGACAUCUGUUCUUUCUGUUCUUGGAAACAUUGAAAGCACCAGCAGCCAGUCAGAUGUAUGGCAACAUUAUCCUGCUCACCAGGAUGCUGCUAUUCAAACUGUGGAAAAUGCCCCAUUUUCAAAGAGGAUAGAACUCCAAUUAGCUGAUCAGCUUUUUGCUUGUGAUAGAAGUGCCUCUCAAGUUGCUAGCAGUUUCCCUUUCUCCAAGAAUUUUGCACUUCAAACGGCUAGUAAGGAUAAGCUUUGUGGUAGUGAUGGAAAUGCUGCUGAAGUUGUUAGCAUUGUUCCAUCUUCUAACAAUAUUGGGGUUCAAGCAGCAACUUAUCUUGGUCAAUCUCCAAAAAAUAAUCCUGUUCAGGCUUCCGAUAAUCAUCUUGCUGCUGCUUAUACAUCUGGUCAAGUAAUUCCAUUUGCAGGGGGAAGUGGACCUGUUAUCACUUCUAGCCUUCUAGCCAGACCAUCUCUCAAGAGGAAAGCAGCACAACUACCUCCAGCUACUGCUCAGGUUCAAACAGAAAGGACAAAAUCAGCGAAGCCUUCCAUUCAUUCAUCUGCCUUAAACAAUGCACAAAAUGCUCUUUCCAUUGCAUCUCUUCCAUCGGCACCUGUCCCAACCAUAGCCCAUCUCAUAUCUUCUGUUCCACCUGUAACAGUAACACCUCGUCCUUUCCCACCCUUAGCUCGUAAAGGUCCUCCUCCCCGAUCAUUAUCCCAGGCCACUCCUUGUCCACCACUGGUACGGACUAUUCCCAUUCCUCCCUCUGCUAGGAUGUCUCCUCCUCCCCAUAUAAAAUGGCAAGGUACAGAACCUCUUCAACUAAGUGGAUAUAAUUGUUUGUUAUGCAAGAGGGAUCUUUCCUACACACCGGAAGGCCCUGUUUCCCAGCCACUUGCUCCACCUCCUGUUGCUGUUUUAUCAUGUGGUCACUGCUUUCAUGAUCUCUGCUUGCAACGAAUCACCCCUAAAGAUCAAGCUGAUAAUCCACCUUGCAUUCCAUGUGUAAUCGUUAAGGCAUGGUCUGACCCUUUGUUGACCAAGGCUUUUGUUGAACUCUUGGGCCUUAUCUGUACAACCUUUCUUUACAGUUAAGGCAGGAUCUGACCCUUUGUUGGAAGAUUGGCAGAAAAGCUUUUUAGUGUCUAGUUACCACUGAAACUCAAAUUUUGGUUCGGCCGAAGCAAAGCUGCAAAUGGACAAGACUUGAAACUUUUUUUUUGUUAAGUUGAGCCUAAACUCUUUAUUUUCUCCUACUAAAAGGCUUACUUAAAGGGUCCAAAGUCCAAGAAAUGAAAAGAAGUCGGCAAUAGCUAAUGUUUGAUUGGGCCCACCUCAUCUCUUGGCCUUUCACUACCCCGUUCUAAAACAACCCUAACCCGAAAGAAAAAGAAAAAUGAAAUUAAGAA